AUGCUUCAGAAGUGCGAAGAAUGCCAGCUAGCGCGCAAUAAGCCGCCAACAGCACCGUUGCAUUCGUGGGAAUGGCCAAAAAUGCCAUGGCAGCGGAUUUACGUAGAUUUUGGCGGUCCGUUUAUGGGCAAAAUGUUUCUCGUGGUGGUAGGUAGUCAUUCUAAGUGGUUAGAGGUCGAGACGAUGCCUAACGUAACUAGCCCUACAACGAUAGAUAAACUGAGGCAUAUGUUCGCGAGGUUCGGGUUACCCUCACAACUAGUUAAUGAGAACGGUCCGCAGUUCACUUCGAAGGAGUUUCCUGAGUUCAUGAAACAGAAUGGCAUAAAGCACAUACUAGUGAGUCCAUACCACCCUCGUUCGAAUGGUCUUGUCAAGAGAUUCGUUGAGACUUUUAAGAAGUAUUUCAAGACUGUAGGUAGUGAUUCGGUUUCACGGAAUUUGGCGAGAUUUUUAUUGAGUUAUCGUACCACUCCAAGUAGCGUUACAGACAGAACACCAGCUGAGUUAUUUUUAAAUCGACGUCCGCGAACCAGGCUAGAUUUGAUGCACCCAGACCUCAGACGUAAGGUUUCCGCGAGACAGGAAGAAGAUAAAGGGAAUUUCGAUAAUUUGUCAAGAGACCGUGAAUUUUCAGUUGGAGAGGAGGUUUCGGUUGAGAAUUUUCGAGGAGAACCGAAUUGGCUAGAAGGAACCGUAGUAGAGCGAACCAGUCCCGUUUCGUAUGAGGUGCAAGUCGAUGACAAAGUUUGGAAGCGACGCACCGACCAGCUUCGCGAAAAGAGUUUCGAAAGUACGGGUUGUGCACCAGCCAUUGCUAUUGACGACACUUUUGAGCAAUCGCGCAAUCUUGCGAUGACACCCGCACCAGUAAGUCACGAGACACCUCAAACUUUGGAAGAGAAAGAAAGAUAG